AUGCAUUGGGAUUUACGUCUGAAAGCAGGUUUGCGAGCAUACCUCGCUACACAUUAUGAGGGUCGUCUCGCCUUAAAAUCGGGUAAAAAUUUAAACAACACUUCUCGCACCCAUCUGGUUCGAUCUGUGGUGGAUUAUUUGUUCAAAUACUUCUCCUGUAAUAACAAAAUAAACACACAAAUAUUUCGGAAAGCAGCUGCGGAAAUUGUUGAGGAGUACCCGAAUGAGAGAGCGACGGUCUACUUUGUGCCCUCGAAACCGAAGACAAAAUUCAGUAGCAGAACGUUUAACAACGGAAAACUAUUCAAUAGGUACCAAAAAGUGCAAAGAAAACUUGGUGGCUCAGUCAUCGAAGUCGAUGCCGAUUUUGUUCAAAGUACCGAGGAUGUAGAAGAAUCCGGUCGCUUACCUGCCGAAAAUUCGACCACGGCUUACAAGCACUUACAACGUAAUGUGGGCAGCUUCGAAGAACAAAAGGAAAAUUGGCGAUUGUGUUUUGCCGAGCGAGAAGAAUUUCUAAGGACAAACUAUAUAUUCGAGUACAUCAAACUCUUUCCGGUUUUACGAGUCCAGUUUGGAUACAAACUACUGUUGCAAGAUUUUGAUCAAAAGUACCCGGAAAAAAAGAAUGCAUUAUACACAGUAUGGAAACACCUCGCCUCAGCAGUUAUAAAAUUUGGCAUCAAUAGAAGACAUUUGGAAGGAACUGUCCUUCAAAAUUCAAGAGAUGCUGUUGUGGUUAAAUAUUUUCCAACAAUCUUCCAUCCAGGCACGGUUCGAAAUAAGUCAACAAACAGUAACUUUCGACCAUCGAGCACGGAAUUAGGAGAGACAUUUUUCCUGCACAUCAAGAAGAUGGCCGAAUUAGAUUACGAGAUUGAACGCAGAACGAACAUAGUUUCUGAUCGAGGAGACACACUCCAGCCGUUCAUUAUCGCCGUUGGUAAUACGUUCGAGACAAUAGAUUCCGUUUACGUUUACGUUGAUGGUAUGAGGUAUUUGAUGGACAGUAUCGUGCAAGCAGUAGACGUAUGCUUUAAAAUAUACCAAGCACUAAACGCCGCGUACCCCACUACCGGCCAACAAAUCUGGAAUUUUAUUCAGCGUUACGUGUACAAGAUUCACACCUGUACCGAUGUUGAAAGCGCUUCACAGGCUGAAAUUGCAGUCGAUCUCUGUUUCCUAGAGCCCGCUUUGAGGGAGUAUUUAUGGGACGGUUCAGAACUAUCUACAGAGAGGCGACAUCAGAAAGCUUGAACAGUUGGAAGGCUGUACCUAAAGUAUCAGCUGAUUAAAUUUAAUAAUUUCUUCCAGACUUGUUCAUAAUGUUUGACAGGAAUUUUUAAAUUUAACUUGGUCGAAUGCUUUAAGUAUUUGUGUGAGAUAAAGAAGGGAUAUAGAUAUAUAUUUUAUUUAGCAGUGAGCAUUACUGACUGUCUAUAACAUAAAAAAUGAGUUGUCAUUUAUGUAUAGUUUGUUUGAUCUCGGCUUUGAAAUCUCUGAUUACUCACUGCCGUCUUUUUCACAAUAUGAAAUGUUAUUCGAAAUAUACUUAAAUUAGACUAGGCUAA